CUCUGCCUCGCCGCCCUUGUCGCAUGUAGGUUUAUUCGACGCGCCGGACGACUCCCGCUUCCGCCGGGACCUAGGGGCUUGCCGCUCUUGGGUAACGCCUUACAGAUACCCACGGACCGUAGUUGGCUUGUCUUCGCAGAGUGGGCCAGAACGUAUGGCCCUGUGAUGCACCUAUCCGUCAUCGGGAGCUCGUUCAUUGUCCUGAGUUCCCGUCAGGCGAUUUCCGAUCUCCUAGAUAAGAACCUCAUCUAUUCCGACCGCCCAGUGAUACCAAUGGCCGGGGAAUUGGCAGGCUUUGAUCAAUACACUGCGUUGUUGCCGUAUGGCCCUCGACAUCGAGAAGGUCGCAAGCUCAUAUUGGGGACCCUGAAUACUCGGAAGACUCAAGACCUGCAUGCGGUCCAAGAGGCCAAGGCCGUUGAGUUCGUUUCAAGGCUUUCCCGCACUCCGUCCGAGUUUCAGACCCACAUCCAAUGGCUCAUGGCCAGCCUAGUACUUCAAAUGACUCAUGGGCUGAAUGUGGACAGCUGUGAUGGUCCCCUCGUAAAAUGGGUUCACGAGGCAUUGAGAGGGUUCAGUGACAUAACGGUGCCCGGCGCAUAUCUGGUCGAUGGCUUGCCCUUCCUGAAGUACAUACCAGGGUGGUUUCCGGGGGCGACGUUCAAACGCAUCGCAGAGGACGUCCGCCAAACUACGCUUGGAUUACAAAACAAGCUAUAUGACUUGGCCCGAGAGCAAGUGCAACAGGGAACAGCCAACCCUUCGUUCAUCGUCGACUAUCUGACAAGCAAUCGCGAUCGCACACCUGAAGACGAAGAGCUAUACAAACAGGUGUCGACUCAGUUCUAUGCAGCUGGAUCAGACACGACGGUCUCCGCCUUACUGUCGUUCUUCCUCAUGAUGGCGCAACACCCAGAGAUUCAACGGAAGGCCCAAAUCGAAGUUGACGCCGUCGUUGGCAACAGGCUGCCCAAGUGUAGCGACCGCAAAGACAUGCCCUACCUCGAAGCCGUACUGAAGGAGGCGCAUCGCUGGAACCCGGUCUUGCCCCUGGCUUUGCCGCAUAAGGUCCGCCGAGAGGACGUCUAUGCGGGAUAUCGCAUACCUGCGGGUUCUACUGUGUUUGCAAACAGCUGGGCUGUUCUUCACGACCCGAUCUUGUAUCCCGAACCGGACAAGGUCAUCCCGGAACGCUACCUUGGCGAGUCCAACGAAGACCUCAACCCGGAUCCUCGAGACUUCGCAUUUGGCUAUGGAAGACGAGUCUGUCCUGGACAGGUUCUAGCUGAAGACAUUCUGUUCAUAAUCGCUGCAUCAGUGCUUGCAGCAUUUGACAUUGGCGACGCCGUACCUCAUGCGGGAAGGACGAUCGAAUACCACGGUGGUGUAAUCAGGUCCGUCCACUGAGCUGGUCACCACGCUGUCGCUGCUCAUAGACAUACAUACUCAGUCACCCAACGGACUUCAUGUGUAGUAUCUCUCCGCGUGGAGCUGUGUAAGCGGUCAAAGGAAAGGAAACCAAUCGAAGUGUCGCGUAACAUCUAAUGGGGCUCGUACACCCGAGUCUAGCCCCUGCAGUCUGUAGAGCUUACUUGCAGGUCUUGCACAUAAGACACGCGUUGCUGAACCGGGUUCAUUGUACAAUUGCCAGAUUACUUCCACUCUAUCGAUCAUCGUCCGUCGUCUAUCUUCAUUUUGGAUCAUUGACGUUCCUCCUUGGGCACCUCAGCUGUUGGUCGGGUCGACAUCCUUGGACGUCGGGUUCUCCGCAGUCUUCGGGGCUUCCUCCGUAGUAUCCAGGUAGUGCACCUCCGAGCAAGCACGCAGACGGCUU